GCCUGACGCGGGGCUCGAACUCACAAACCGUGAGAUCGUGACCUGAGCUGAAGUCGGACGCUCAACCGACUGAGCCACCCAGGCGCCCCUCUCCUGUAUUUUAAAAUUUACUGUGACAUUGUCCCCCUGCUCCCUUCACUCUAUGAGUGUUUCUACAUUUUAAAAGUCCUUAAUAAAUUUGAUUAAUAAUGCGUUAUGCCAUAACUGGAUGUUAAGUACAGUAGUCCCUUCUUAACCUUGGGGAGAUGCAUUUCAAGCCAUCCAGUAGAUGCCUGAAACCCUGUAUAGUACUGAACCCUAUAUAUACUAUGUUUUUUCCUAUGCAUACAGACCUAUGAUAGCUUAAUUUAUAAUUAGGCACAGUAAGAGAUUAACAAUGACUAAUAAUAAAAUAGAACAAUUAUAACAAUAUGUUGUAAUAAAUGUUAUGUGAAGGUGGUCUCUGAAGGUAUCUUAUUGUACUCACCCUUCUUGUGAUGAUGUGAGAUGAUAAAAUGCCUAUGUGAUGAGAUGAAGUGAGGUGAAUGAUCUAGGUGUUGUAAUGUAGCAUUAGGCUACUAUUGACUUGAUUUACGUCAGAAGGAGGCUUAUCUACUUGGAGACUGGGGAUGACUGCAGGUAACUCAAACUGUGGAAGGUGAAACUGCAGCUAAGGGGUAGGGGUGGGAGGACUACUGGAAUUAUUCAACCAAUAUUCUAUUACUGGAUAAUUAAAUUAUUGCCAGUUUUUUGCUUUUAUUCUUAUCUAUUUGUUUUAAUCUGGCUUUUUUAUAGUUGAGUAUUGGUCUGCCAUAAAACUCCCUUUUACUCAGAAGUGGAAAUCAUUCCACUGUAAAUUUCUUGACUCUGAACCUAGGAAUGGGCAACUUGGUCCUGCUUCCGUGUGUGUGUGUGUGUGUGUGUGUGUGUGUGUGUGUCUGUUUUAAUAAAUAUUUAUUAAUCGCAAGUCAUCCUUUUGGCAAUAUUUUUUUUUAUGUAAGCUCUACACCUAACAUGGAGCUUGAACUUAACCCCAAGAUCAAAAGUCACACUCUACUGACUAAGCCAGCCAGGCCCUCCUGUCCUACUUCUUCAUUUGUAAUCCAUUAAAGUGUGUUCUUGUGUAUCUUAAAGUAUAAAGUGACAAGUACCUUGAACUCAGUCAUACCUGCACACAUGAGCUUUAUCUUAUCUGCAGUUACUUUUCUAUAUCAUUUUUAUUAGUUUAUUUCACAGUGCAAAAGUUCUCAAGUUUUUACUUGAAUGAGUUCUAAGUUGUCAAAGUAGUUGGCAUAAAGUUUUUAUAAUAUUCUUUUAUUUUCCUUUUAAUGUCUAUUGGAUCUGCAGUGAUAAGCCCUCUUUCACUUUGAUAUUUGUUAUUUUAUUCUUUUUAUUUGACCAGUCGGGCUUGUAGUUUAUCAAUUUUGUCUGUCUUCUCAAAGAACUAAAUUUGUCUUUGUUAAUUUCUUUCUGUUGUUUAUUUUCCAUUUCAUUGAUAAUAUGCUUUUCUUAUUUCCUUUCUUAUAUUUACUUUGGGUUUACUUUCCUCUUUUUUCCUAGAUUUUGAGGUAGACUUGGGUCGUUGAUUUUAGAACUUCUUUUCCAGUAUAAGUCACUAAGAUGAUAAAUUUCACUUUGUAGCUUUAGCUUCAUCCUACAAAUAUUUUCAUUUUGUACUUCCAUUAUCAUUCAGUUUAAAAUAUUUUCUAAUUUCUGACUUCUUCCUUGACCUGUGGAUAAUUAGAAGUGUGUUUGAUUUUCAAAUAUUUGGGAACAAAUAAGGAAUAACAUAUUCUGGAUUAUUUUAUUACUUUCUAAUUUAAUUCCAUUGUGGUCUAAAAAAAUACUGAUUUCAGCAUUUUUGAAUUUGUUAAGAUUAAUUUUAUGGUGCAGUGUAUGGUUUAUCUUGUUAAAUAUAUCAUGUGGGCUUAGUGUUCUAUAAAUAGCAAUUAGGUCAAGGUCAUUGAUAGCAUAGUUUAAAUUUAUGCCUUAACUGAUUUUUGCCAAGUUAUUCUAUCAAUUGCUGAGAAAGGAAUGUUAAAAUUUUUAACCAUCAUUAUGGAAUUGUUUAUUUCUCGCUUUAAUUCUGUCUCAAAUUUUGCCUCAUAUAUUUUGAAAUCCUUUAUUAAGAUUUAUGAUUUUUAUGAAUUUGCCAUUAUUUAUUUUUUUAAGCUUAUUUAUUUUGCGGGAGAAAGAGUGAGAGAGAAUGCACAUGCCAGCGGGGAGGGGCAGAGAGAGAGGAAGAAGAGAAUCCGAGCAGCAGGUUCUGACAGCAGGGAGACUGAUGCAGGGCUCAAUCUCAUGAACUAUGGUAUCAUGACCGGAGCCGAAGCCAAGAGGACACUCAACUGACUAAGUCACCCAGCCCUUCCCCUCACUCUCUCCUGACCUCAGAACUGCUGGAUCCUUUGAAGCUCCCUCAACAACCCACCCCCACUUCUGGCUGAGCCACCAACUUCAGACCGUCGAGCCUCGUCUUGCCCAGGCAUUUUCUCCCAUCACAGGUUUACUCAAAGCAUUACUUGAAGAAUCUUCAAGGUGCCACAUUUUAACAAUGAUUCAGCUGACAGCUACCCCUGCAAGCACGCUGACUGAUGAGCCAGUGCACAUCCGAGCUACAGGCCUGCGUCCGUCUCAGAUAGUGAUUUUUCAGGCAACACUGGAAGAUGAAAAGGGGAACCUGUUUCAUUCUCAAGCCUACUAUAAGACCAGUGAAGUUGGUGAGGUAGACCUGGAUCAUGCUCCUUCACUUGGAGGUGACUAUAUAGGAGUCCACCCCAUGGGUCUCUUCUGGUCUCUGAAACCUGAAAAAUUUUUAACUAAAUUGAUGAAAAGAGAUGUGAUGACUAGCCCCUUCCUGGUCCAGAUAAAACUUUAUGAUUCAAAUUUACCAUUAGCCCAGAUUGCUGCCACUGAUCCAAAAGUCAGCGUGACUUUGGAGAGGUGGUACAGAGCACCUGGUGUCACACGGAUCCAAGUUCAAGAAGGCCACCUUCGGGGAGCCCUCUUUCUCCCUCCUGGAGAGGGCCGUUUCCCAGGGGUAAUUGACUUGUUUGCUGAUAUUGGUGGGCUGAUUGAAUACCGAGCCAGUCUCCUGGCCAGUCAUGGCUUUGCUGCGUUGGCCUUGGCCUACUGUGACUAUGAAGAUCUGCCUUUACACCCAGAAAAAAUAGAGUUAGAAUAUUUUGAAGAAGCUGUCAACUUCCUCCUGAGACAUCCGAAGGUCCUUGGCCCAGGCAUUGGGAUAGUUUCCAUAAGCAAAGGAGCAGAGAUUGGACUCUCCAUGGCUAUUCAUCUAAAACAGGUCACAGCCACCGUGCUUAUUAAUGGACCCAACUUUGUAUUUAGCACUCCACAGGUAUAUCGUGGUCAAAUUAGUCAGCCCUUGUCCUUCUCUCCACAGUUAGUAUCUAUCAAUGCCUUAGGGUUAGCACAGUUCCAGUAUUGUUUUGAGGAAGCUAGAAGUAAAGCCAGUGAGACCUUUUUUUUCCCCAUUGAAAAGGCCCAGGGACAUUUCCUCUUCAUUGUGGGAGAAGAUGAUAAGAGUAUCAACAGCAAAGCAUAUGCUGAGCAAGCCACAGAACAGUUGAGGAGAAAUGGGAAGGACAAUUGGACCCUGCUAUCUUACCCUGGGGCAGGCCACAUGUUAGAGCCUCCCUAUUCCCCACUGUGCUGUGCCUCAAAGCUCUCCAAACUCCACCUGUUCAUGCAGUGGGGAGGAGAGGUGACCCUGCAUGCAGCUGCACAGGAGCAUUCUUGGAAGGAGAUCCAGAAGUUUCUCAGGAAGCAUCUCAUUCCAGUUGUGACCAGUCAACUCUGAGAAAAUGUUCCUGAGAAAUAGAGAAGCAAUAUCAGACCUUCACUUGAUUUUCAUGGAACAAUGUCUUUGACCUCUUAUUGCGGGAGGUUAUAAUAAGAGAAAGCAAGAGGAUGGCAAUGGUCAUGUCUUGACUUGGAAAGGAAAAAAUGGUUCCCACUUAAUCCAGCAUCAUACACAGAGGAUUUUCUAUUUCGAAAAAUAAAUUUAGGGCUCUACCUGCCCUAAACUUUUCCAGUUUAUAAUUAUAAUAGCAAUUCUCUGGAGGAAGAAAGUUACCAAAAUGAACUACAGAAUCCCCUGGUUUAUAAAACAGACGUGUGUAGAAUCAGGUGCUCAUAUUUGCUGAUUUCUUAAAACUCAAAUUAAAUAUGUUUAUAUUUCUCAUUGAAAAUAUGCUCAUGGCUCAUGGUUACAUCAUUGUCACCGAAAAACUAGAGCAUUAUUUUAAGGCAAUAUGGAAGCUGAUACGGAGGUAACAUGAUUGAGUCGGUCGACAAUAAAUUCAACAAAUGCUAAUAAAAUGAAAUAAUUUUUGUGUCUAAA